AUCAGCUUGAUGGGCAUGUCACGGGGAGAACUCACUUCAAUAAAUCUGACAGUGCGUCGUCUGUCCACGUCUCAGGAUAACACACAGAGCCGAGUGUUCACAGAAGAGUACCAGUAAACAAUCCAAAAUCAAGAUGUCAACCUCGGGCGGUCGGAGAUUGAAGCAGUGGCUGAUGGAGCAGAUCCAGAGUGCGCAGUACUCUGGACUGCAGUGGGAAGAUGAAAGCCGCACCAUGUUCCGCAUUCCAUGGAAACAUGCAGGCAAACAGGAUUACAACCAAGAAGUAGACGCAUCAAUUUUUAAGGCUUGGGCUGUGUUCAAAGGCAAGUUUAAGGAGGGGGACAAGGCUGAGCCUGCAACAUGGAAGACCAGACUUCGCUGUGCCCUGAAUAAAAGUCCUGACUUUGAAGAAGUGACAGAAAGAUCGCAGCUGGACAUCUCUGAGCCCUAUAAAGUCUACCGCAUUGUACCUGAGGAAGAGCAGAAGCAUGGGAAAAGCCCUGCAAUGGCCAUGACAGCUACCACUAGCUCUGACAUCACUGACAUGGACUGUAGCUCUGCAGAAAUAGAAGAGCUCAUUAAAGAGGAAGAAAGCUGUAGCAUUCAGGCCAGUCCAGAGUAUUGGUCCCAAGGCAGUAUCAAUGCUUUCCCACUGCAUCAGGACCCUUUGCCGUUAGGCAGUCACAGCCCAGCUUUCUCCCAUAUCAUGAUCAAUUUCUACUAUGGAGGAAAGCUGAUGCAGAACACAAUGGUUACUCAUCCUGAAGGCUGCCGAAUCUCCCCACAACAGCACCUAGGUCGCGGCGCCCUCUACAGUUCAGACAGCAUGCAGACUGUUCAUUUUCCCUCUGCUGAGCUCAUUGAGUUUGACCGGCAGCGCCAUGUCACUCGAAAACUCCUUGGCCACCUGGAGAGAGGUGUACUGGUCCGUGCCAAUCAAGAGGGCAUCUUCAUCAAAAGGCUGUGCCAGAGCCGCAUCUUCUGGAGCGGGCUUGGGGAAGUGGGCUCACAAUAUAGCCCCAUGCCUUGUAAACUUGAGAGGGAUGCUGUAGUCAAGAUUUUUGACACAGGAAGGUUUCUUCAAGCUCUACAGCUGUACCAGGAGGGUCAGUUUCCUGCUCCUGAUCCAACAGUGACUCUGUGUUUUGGAGAAGAGCUCCAUGAUCUCAGCAAUGCUAAGAGCAAACUGAUUAUUGUGCAGAUCACUGUGGUGAACUGCCAGCACCUGCUGGAGGCAGUGAACAUGCGCCGCUCUCAACCUUACUGCAACAACUCAAACCUGGAGAUGUCUGAUGAUGCGGCCACUGACCAGAUGGCCCGCAUCUACCAGGACUUGUGCAGCUACAGUGGCCCCCAGAGACCAGCCUGCUACAGGGACAACAUGCCCAUCACCGCCUGAACUGUGAGAAGCAACACACCUGACAGGAGUUCUUCUGAAUUUACACUCAGAACAAUUUACUGAGUGUGCAACAUGUUAGGGAUAUCCCUGACAAACACUGACAAGAUUCAUUCGUAUAAGUGUUUUGAAUUUCUACAGUAAGACUAUUAAUUAAGCUGCAUCUCAAUUUUAAGAUGUCCCUAAUAUUUUCUGUCAUUUAUGUUUAUAUUUGUACAGCGCCAAUGCAAACUCUGUGUCUAAUCUCUGUUUUAUCAUUACAAGAGUUUUUUUUAAUUCAGAUCCAGAGAAAAAGUGGUAUAUGUCAUAUAUUACACACAACUCAUCAGGUUCAUUCUGAUGACUAAAUCAGCAAAUCAUUUUUAUCUUUAGAUAAUCCUACUGAAAGCCUCAUUGAAGUAUGACAACAGUUUAUAUACUGUAUGUAGGCAACUUAGUUCUCAGUGUUGGUUUUGCAAUUGAGAUGGUUCCUUAUGUGAUGAACAUUUGCAUGAAACAGGCCAAAUGGAACCUUUCUCAAAUAUUCUUCUAUUAUACAAUAAAUAAUACAAUCUUUAUAUCACUUAAUAAAACUGUAUGGAAUUUAGAUGCAAUGUGGCAUUAUUUGAUAGGUUUUACUAUCAGACUUUUUUACAUUGAACUUGUGAUUUUUUUUAUAA